GUUUUACAUGCCCAACAUCACACACAAAAAGCGCCUCUCCUCAGCGUUUCCAUGCCUCCAUAGACAGCGCAUAUUAAACUUGUUCCAAAUACUACUACCUCCGUUCCUAUUAAAACUUUCAAAUAGGUUUGACACAAAAUUUAAGAUAGUGAGUAUUGUGUGAUGGAAAGUUGUGCAGAGGAGAGAGAAAUGUGUAAGAAAUGUUGUGAACCACAAAUUAUUUAUUAAAAAGGGAAAGUUGAAGUUUUAAUCGGAACGGACGAAAAAGGAAAGUUUAUUUAGGAAUGGAGGGAGUAUUAUAUAUUUGGUCAGAUAUUAUCAUCAAAUCAUCAUUACGGGGUAUAUCUCGUGAUUAGAAGUCAAACCAAACUCUUAUUUUAUCGCUUCGGAACUAUUUUCCCGUGUUUUGAAAUUCCCAAUCCGCUCGUGACUCGUGACCAUUUCGUAUAUAGUAUAUAUAUAUAUAUUCUCCGGUCCACAACUUCUCCUCCUUUUUCGAUCUCCAUUUUUCAUCAUCUUUUCAGAUGUUCCGAUCGAAAUAUAUGUGGCAGUAUCGAGCUUAGCGGAAUCAGUAAUAGUCACGUCCAUGGCUAUAAGCAAUCCAAGACCAGGAAGAGUUUGUUUCUCCUACGCUGCAUACGCAAAGAAUAUCAUCGACCACCUCAAAUCCGUCGAUAUUCCGGUAGAGGAAGGUCUCUCCGACGUUGAAUUCUCUGCCGUCGAAUCCAAUUUGGAUUUCACAUUCCCUCCUGACCUCCGUUCUAUCCUCCGAGAAGGCCUUCCCGUAGGCCCCGGAUUUCCCAACUGGCGAUCGGCGUCUCCGCAACAGCUCGAAAUCCAGACCAAUCUCCCAAUAUUAGGUUUCUGCAAUGAGGUUUCGAGACACGGAUUUUGGAUCGAUUCGUGGGGAAAUAGGCCUGAAGAUGACGACGAGGCAGUGAUUUCGGCUAAGGAGACUCUGAGGAAGGCUCCGGUUCUCGUCCCUAUUUAUCGCCAUUUCUUCAUUCCGUCUGCGCCGUGUUUGGCCGGCAAUCCCGUGUUUUACGUGCAUGGCGUUAAAGUGAAGGUGUGGAGCUUCGACCUCACCGGAUUUUUCCAGCGGAUUGAUUUCAGGAGACGCGAUGAUUCAGCAGCUUUACGGCAUCCGGUCAGCUUGAAUAAUGCGCCUGCGUGGGCCGCGACGGAGGCGCGGAGGAUCGAGUUCUGGACGGAGUUGGCGGAGGAACGGGAUAAAUCUGGUGCCGGAAAAUUAGGAAUGCGGUGGUGGGGAGAGGAUUUGGAAGGGUGUUUGGGGGAGGUGGUGCGGCGGUUGAUGAACGGAGGGUGGAAUGAGGAGGAUGUGGUGGAGAUGAUGAUGAUGAACGGCUGCGAUCGUCAGAAAACGAACGGUGAGAUGAUUUCGAAUAGGGAAGGUGUUGCAAGUCACGUGAGGUUGUUAGCGAGGAGGCUGUUGCGUGCGGGAUGGAGCACGAAAGAUGUCGUGGACGCGCUCGGUUUUUUGGAUGCUGAUUCUUCUGAUCUUCCAUGAUAUAUACAACAACCGUCGGUUUUGAUUGAGGGGAUUAAAAGAGAAUCUACCACCUGUCCGUUUUAAAUUAACUCUGUAAAUGGUUAUUCAUUUAUUUUUUACCCAUAAACAAUAAAAAUUAAGAAGUACAUUUACAUUUAUCGUUCUUCAUUUUCCAUCUCUAGGCAUGUUUUGCAUUUGUCAAAGAUUUUGUAGUUUGAUAGCAUUACACUAUUAAAGAGGAAGAGGAAGUCACAUGAAACUCAUCUCAUAUAAAGAUUUGAUUUUUAACAAAACACAUGUCUUAAAAAAACAGAUAGGUGCUAUAAUUUGAGAGAAAAUAAGAUAAAAAAUAAAAAAAGAACAAUGUUUUGUAUUUUUGUAUAUAAUGGAACAUUAUUCUACAUCAUACCUAGAGGCAGGGUUUUAGGGUAUGUUGGGAUAUUAGGCCAAAUACCCAAUAUGCCCGACCCAAUAGCCAGCAAGGUCCAGGCGAGGAGCAGGCCCAGUAAGAAUUAUAUACCGAACGGGAUCCAGGAACCCAUGGGGGAUUAUACCCCGAACGGGGAUCGGGUCGAACAGGAUACUUGGAUUAGACUAAUAAUGAUAACAGCAAGGGCCGUCAUUAUUAUACCCGAACGGGCAUCCUGCAAGUGGCAAGAAGCAUUUAAUGCUAUGGUAUGGCGUCAUCAAGUGGAAGCAUGAGCAUCCAAGUGGCUUGAGAACAGAGAAUCGCAGCAAGUUAGGUUCAGCCACGUCAUCACCUCACAUACCCUUUUAUUAGUAUAAAUAGAAGCAUUAAUCUCAUUGUAAAGGGUUAACAUUUUUACACUCACAAGCUCUAAUAGCAUUCUAGCUCUUGUAUUAACCUUUGGACCGUAACUCUCGUUCGGCCAAUUUUGUGUAAUUGUCAUUACUGCAUUAAUA